AUGUCUAGUAGGCCCACUCCAAGAAAAGCGUUAAGCUUAGGAGGACAUAACAGGAAGAUAAUACACGUAUUUCUUAAAAAGUUUCCACCAGCAAUUUUUGCUCGUGUGAAUAUCGGAGACCCACCGGUCGAAGUUUGGCUCCAUAUAGACACAGGCAGCGACUUGACUUGGGUAACUUACGAUUCCCGUGUCGGUUACGAUCCACUAGAUUCUUCAACCUUCAGCUAUAGAAGCUGUGAUGGACUAUCCAAAUCCCCUUCUGUGACUCCAAGUAGAAUAAGGGGACAGUGCGAUUACGUCCAACGACUUGCGGACGAUGCAGUAUAUGCAGGUACUCUUGGAAACGAAACAUUUACUUUUGAGACGGGAGAUGGGGGAAUAGGCAUGUUAAAAAAUGUCUUGUUUGGAGUUGGAAAAACAGUCGAGGGGAUGGCAACUGGAAUGGGCACCUUAGGGUUAAGUUUGGGAGAGCUAUCCAUAAUCAAAUCAAUUGGUACAAAAUUCUCAAUAUGUGUAGGAAACUUUAAUUAUAUUAAUCAAGGGAAACAUUUUCUCGCUUUAGGAGAUGAUGCGGUGCUUGUUGGGAGGAAGAUAUUGUUAGAUACAAAAGGUAACACAUAUAGAAUCAAACUGAGUUCAAUAACCAUAGAAGGAGAAACUCUGGGUAUAGAAAACGUUUUGUCUAAAACCAAGUCAAUAUUGGACACUGGAACUUCUACCAUAAGUUUGGUACAAGAAGUAUAUCAUGUUGUUACCGAAAAAAUCAAGAAAAUAAUGAGCGAUGCGGGGUAUGAAGAGUCAGACAUGUAUAAGGAGCACAAGGUCAUAUGUUACAAGGGGAUGAUACCAGAACAAAAGAAACUACAAGUUAGCCUGAAAUUUGGGAAGGUAUCAUUGGAUAUGGAGACAACCACUCUGUUCAUCCAACUCAAAUCCAUAGCUGAAAAAGUCUUUUGCCUAUCUGUGAACGAGUCACCUAUAGAAGAAAAUCUAAUCGGGAUACCGAUAUUCCAAAAUCACAACAUAGGUUUUGAUACUGUAAACAACAAGCUUUACAUCAAACCAGGUGAAUGUACAAAAUUAUAUGAUAGCUUUAAAGAUGAGUUGGGUCAUCCUGAUCCAUGA